AUGUCCGGGCACAGUGCCCCCGUGAAGACCGGCUACCGGCUGGAGCGGCUCCGUGAUGAGGCGCAGAAUAGCGCUAGCGAUGUCCUGCGCCGGGAACACUCGGUCAAGCGUCCCCUUUCCAUCCUGCAGCGUGAUUCGUCCUCCCUGGACAUCGAGCUGGACUGGGCCGACAGCAAGCUGCUGCUCUUCCGGCCUGUGGCCACCGGCAGCGAGGCGCCAGGCGCUCGCGUUGCCGGCUCCCGGACUGGCACCGGCUCCUUUGGCCCAGGACUGUCCCUCACUGGGUCUGACCUGACCCGGGACCUGUCCAACUCGCUGGCCGGCUCUUGUGGGGUCUUCUCGCAGUCGGCUUUCGUGGCUGGCGGUUCGGCCGCCACCGGAGCCGGUCCUGGCGGCCCGAAUGGCUUCCGCAUGGUGACUCACUACUCGCGUGCCAUCACCCAGCUGACCAACCAUCGGAUCUCGCGGACCCCCUUCCCCAUGGCCCUGAGUGUGCACGACUCCCUGAAGUCGGAGAAGGGCGACCGCAUUGUCAACAUCUGGGAAUUGGUGGCCUUCCUGACCGGGGAGAUUGCCCCGCCCGAGCUGGCGGGCAAAGACUACUCCAUCUUCUCGCCGGUAUACUUGGUCUCGGCUGCUCUGACCUUCCUGGAGAAGAAGUACUGCGAGUACAUCCGCCGGUGCCUGGAUGAGACCCUCCGGCAGACCCUGCCCGGGGGUGAAUUGGGCUUCGACCAUCUGGUCCGGGCGUUUGUUCGGUCGCUGGUGGCCACCGACGUGUCGAUUCUGCCGUCGCUGGAGCAGGAGGGCGGGGAAUUCUUCUGGCCGCAGAUCUACUACCUGCUGCGGUGCGGCAAGUUCGACCUGGCCGAGGCCUAUGUGCGGAGCCCCGCCUGUGCGCCGCUGGUCCGCGAGGAGCCGGAGUUCGCCGGGCUCCUCCACGAGUACAUCCAUUCUGCCGGGCAGACGGCCGGAGGCGCCUCGACCGCUGGCGGGCGUCUGCGGCAGUUGUCGCGCGACUCGCAGGGGCUGGCCCAGCAGCAAUUCGCCCGCCGGCCCCAGCGCGAUGUCUUCCGGACGGCGGUUUACCGGCUGAUUUGCCAGCUGGACACCAGCCUCAGCCCGGGGGUCAUCGCCACCACCGAAGACUACCUGUGGCUGCAGCUGGCCAUGAUCCGAAAGGAGACCGCCUUGCCAUCUCUGGCGGCAUUGCAAAAGCGUGUCCUGCGUGUGGGGGCCGACCAUUUCAGCGACCACGGCGUCAACCCGACCAACUACCUGCAGGUGCUGCUCCUGUGUGGUCUCUUCCCGCAGGCGGUGGACUACCUGUGGUCCACGCCCGGGCACCUGGAUGAUGCCUUCCAUCUGGCCGUGUGCCUGGUGUACCAUGGGCUUCUGGAGCGGGCCCCGGCGGCGACGGCCGCCACCGGUGACGGCGGUGCCCAUCGGCCCGAUGGCAGCCCGGCGCACGGUGCCUUGGCUUCAUCGUGGGCCAGCGCGGCCCUCGGCCAGUCGGUGCUCGGAGCCACGUCGUCGGCCUUCGGCGGGGCGGGCUCCGGGUCGGUGUUGGUCCCGGCCCCGGGGGCCGGCAGGACCAAUGGGUCCGGCCCGGCCGUGGCCGGAGCCCGACUCCCCUCGGCCGAGAUGGCCCUGGACUUUGCCGGCAUGCUGAUGGGGUACCUGUCGAGCGGGAUCUUCCGUGAUCUGCCGGAGCUGUCGUUCUUCUACCUGCUGCUCAUUUCCCUGGGGACCGGGGAGCGCGCGGCCCCGGGGCGUCUGGCCGCCGGGGCCGGGCCCGGCGAGGAGCAGAUCUGCCUGAACUUCCUGCAGGUGCUGCUGGUGCGGCAUCCGCACCUGAUCGAGCAGUUCCUUGGCGACGCGCCGGCCGGCCUGCCGGAUCGCGGGACUGUCGGCCUCAUCGAGAAGUAUGGCGAGCUGUUCCUGGACCCGAUGACGGUCGGGACCACUGGCGGGGCGCCCAGCCGCGCGGUCAUGGCGUACCGUCUGGCGUCGGCCGCGUCGCAGACGGCCCAGCUUCAGGGCCGUCUGGACCUGGCCGUGCGCCUGGCCUAUCUUGCCGGGGACUUCGUGCGCACGGUGGACCUCAUGUGCCUGCUGCUGGGUGACCUGAAUGCCGUGCCCGAGGAGACUCUGGCCGAGGCGCGAGGCGUCAUCGAGACUCUCAGCCGGCUGAGCCGCAGCGCGGAGCUCACCGACCGCAUCGCCACCUUGCAGCACCUGGUGUCCAUCAGCAGCGUCUUCAACCUGGAGCGCGAGGGCAACCUCGAUGGGGCGCUCGGGCUCCUGGAGACGGUGCCAUUCUCGCCGAUUGCCCUGCCCACGCAGGACUCAACCGCCGAUGCGGCCAGUCGACUGCGCCUCUCGGACGCGGCCCUCGUCGCCUCGAAGAACCCCUUCAUCUCUCGUCACAUGCCGUCGCUUGUUAGUCUGACCAGCAACCUGUUGGCCAAGAAGUACUUCCAGCUGACCGGGCGUCCGGACCCGGCUCUGCAAAGCUACCUGAGCCACAUCCGGUCGCUUCACAACCAGCUUGUGCCGUUCGUGGCCAUCAAUGCCAUCCCCCUCUCGCCGGAUAUCAACGCCAUCCUGCUGCAGCGGGACGCGCAGCUUUUCUGA